UUUUAACCAUCCUUGUCAAGCCACCGUUUUGAUUCCAAUUCCUUGCAUUGCACGUUGAACCAAAACCGGUAGAUGAUGGUUGAGGUCUUGGGUCUAUCUCAAGCCCAGCUCUCUGGUCUUCUUUCUAUGCAAACAAAAGGGAAAUCUAGCCUCUCUGGUCUUCAUUCUAUGCAAACAAAAGGGAAAUCUAGCCGAAAUUUACAUUUCACAGUCCAUUUCCACUAAAAGCUCAAAAUCUUUUGAUACAAAUACUUGUAAUUCAUAUAUAGCGAUGGAAGACAUCAAGAUUUCACCGACGAAAGAGGAUAAACAGCCGAAAGAGCAAAAAACUGAACAGAAACAAGAACCUACAACAGAGGAAUCUCCCUCACCGCCGCCAACGGAACCUAAGAGAGGAGGAGGAGGAUGGGGAGGGUGGGGUUUCUCUCCUUUCUCCGUUCUCUCAGAUCUCCAGAAGGCUGCUGAAGAGAUCUCCCGCAAUGCUGCAGUGGUUGCAGAGAAGGCAGCAAAGAGCAUUGCAGACAUGCAAAAUGUUGGUGAGGAUUCUGAAUCCUCUAGGGGGGAGGAAGAGCGAGAAGAAUCUGAAAGUGAUAAGGAAACUGAAGCUGAAGAUGAGACUGACAAACUGCGCAAAUCUGCGUUAGAUAAAUUGGAGAAAGCAAGUGAUGAUUCCUUUCUAGGCCAGGGUUUGAAGGUUCUUGAUCACUCUGUGGAGAAUUUUGCAUCAGGAGCAUGGCAAGCAUUAGGAAGUGCAUGGAAAGGGGGUUCCAAUUUAGUUCAAAAACUUGAGCAUUCAGCUGUGAACCUUGCUGAAUCAAUCCAACAUGGUAGCAUACCAGGAGGAGCUGGUGCACCAUCCUUACUAGAGACUGGAAAAUCUUUUACUGCGAAGGGAAUGCAAGUGCUUGAAUAUGUUGGCAAGGAGACCAUGGAUCUGCUAAUCACAGAGACUGGUAUUGAAGUUGAGAAAAAUUCUAAAGGCUCUGAACGAGAAGCUGAUGAGGAUCAGUUAAAUGAGGAAGUAACAUUUGAUCGAUGCUUCUAUAUAUAUGGAGGUCCAGAACAAUUGGAGGAGCUUGAGGCAUUGUCCAGCCAUUAUGCCCUCUUAUUUAACCGGAGAAAAGCAAAAUUACCUUUGGAACUAAAGUCUGUAUAUGACGGAAAGCUUAAACUUGUUCAGCAAAUGUUCAAUUUGAGUAUUGAAAUGGAUGAGAAUGAUACUGAGUCCAGCAAAGGGAAGAAAAUAGAGACCGGAACUGAAGGAAGUAGCUAUGAGAUGAAAAACUUACACGAUUCAAGUGUCAACAAAGCUGCUGACAUGGCCGCAGGGUUUACAAGUGCCCUAGCAGGACUUACUGCAAAUGACAUUGUUCAAAGAACUGCUGGGAGAUUAGAAACUCUUCACUCAGAGGGAGUUCAUAGGCUUUCUGAAAUGUGCAGCUCAGCUGUGUCUCAACUUCUGAUGCUCGGAAAGUCCAUCAUAUCCACUGCUAACAAAGUGCAGGAAGAAGAUGUUGAUGGGGAUAUCGUGAACAUUGACUGGCCUGAAGAUUCUGUCGAAAAAGCUAAGGUAAUCCGAACAAAGGCACAAUCCAUGGCAGGAUAUGUUGAAGCAGUUUGCAACGGUUUUGUAACAGGCAUUUCUGAUGUAGCUGAGGCUUAUGUAGCUGCCAUGAAGAGUGCUACUGCAGAUUCCCAUGAUAAUCUUCCAAAGACAUCGAUCCAUGAAAAAGCUAAUACCUUGUCAGAACUUAUCCGUACUGACCGGACCACUGCAGUGAGCACAAUCCAGGAUGGGUUACAAUACUUGUCAUAUGUAGUCACCUCCGCAUCUAUGCCAUCUGCUUGAGAACUCCUUACACUGUCAUAUCUUUUCAAUCAUAUUUGUAAAUAGUUGUUCUAUUUUAGGGCGGGUAUUUUAUUCUGUCUGAAAAUGAACUCAAAACAAAUUUAGAUGAAACAAUUUCUUCUUUUAGAUA